GUGAGGAACUUGAGCCUUGCUACUAGAAUUAAGUAGGCCCUGCAUUUUCUAAAAUUCUCUCCUGUGUUUGUUUACCUUUGUUCAUAACAGUUUAAGGUUUUUAAAAUCAGUGUAUUUUGUCAGUUUUAACUUAAAGCCUACGUAAUCGGUGUAGGGAACUUAGUUUUCUUCUUGUUUUAACCAUUAAAUUCCUACAUUCCGGUAAACGAGGUCUGCUAGGAAUGUAUUUAUCUUUAUUGAGAUAGUCUGUGUUAAACCACUUAACUAAAACAUAUAAACAAAAUCUUAAGUACAUUAUGAGUUUUUCCAACAUUCUCUUCGAAAAAGUAGCCAUUAAAGGUGGUUUAUAUGUAUUCGAUAGUUUAACGUAUGAUGACAACAAAAUGAUUAUUAGAUUCAGACGAGCUCUGUUUUAAUACGUCUUAACAGAACAUAGAUCUCAUUGUACCGAGAUUGCAACUAUUUAAUAAACGACCAAAACAGAACGAACAGAAGCUGGGCACUUACUAUACUGUUCUCAGAUGAAUUCACAUUGAUGAUAAUAUAUUUUCAUUUGGUUCUGUAGGCUCGAUACAACGUUCGAAUGUAAAAACAUAUUUCAGCACAGUUUGUAAUUGGGAUACGCCACACACGUCUUAAAAUGCGCUUAACCGGUUUUUGACGGCUCAGAUUUAAUUUAACACUCGUCUUAAACCACGCAGAGUGGCCGAGAGGUGGUGGUUUCUCGCACGGAAAGGUCAUUGGAGUGAUGCACGGUUUUUAAAAGUGAGUUGUCUGGGGUUGCAGAGAUGGCGGAGGGGAGGAGUGGAGACGACAUCGUGUCGGAGUUUCUCCGUCAGAACGCUCACUUGAAGCAGUGGGUGGAGAGCCUGCGGGGGCACUGCGAGACGGACAAACAGUGGCGUGCCAGGCGAGAGUUCAUCCUCCGGAACAUGGAGGUUUUCACCGGCAUCACUCCAGGAGUUCCCAGCCGCAGCUUGGACCAGCUGCUGUCUCUCUCCAUGGUCUGGGCGAACCACGUCUUUCUGGGCUGUCGGUAUCCCCAACCUGUCAUGGACAAGAUAACAGAGAUGGCAGAAGGGGUGGUCGUGCAUGAGGCUCCAGUUCGCAAGACAAGAGAUGAGCUAAUGGGCAAAGGAAAGAGAACAGGCUCCACAGAAGGGGAGUGUGAUGUUUCUCAGAAGAAGCUGAAGGCUGGUAGUGGCAGGGAAGAAAACAGAAGUGGAGUCCGGGGUCCAGGAUGUCUGGGGAGUAACGUGCAGACCCAUCCAGGAAACAGGGCCAACUCACAAGCAGCGAUGCGGCCCCCCAAGCUAGGACCUCCUCCACACGCCCCCAGUGCCCACCAGCCCUUCUUCAACCGUCUCUACAAGGCAGUGGCGUGGAAAUUGGUGUCAGCCGGGGGAUUUGGGCCCAACCUGAACCACUUUGAGAUCCUGCGGGCCUGUGUGGAGUCUUCUAAGGCCAGCCUGACCUGUGCGUUUGUGCCCUUGAAAGACAUCCCAGACCUGCCAAGUAGCCGCAUCCAGAAGGAGGGGCAGGUGUGUGAGCUGCGCUGCCAGACUGUGUACUUAGGCACGGGCUACGGACGUGGGGAGGACAGUGCCAGAGCCAUGGCAGCCAAGGAGGCCCUGAAGAUCUUCCAGGGCCGCAAGGUCACGGUGAAGAUCUGCCGGCGGAAGUACCAGGGUGGGGAUGUGGAAGACUUGGUCCUACAAGACGAUCAGCUGAGGAGUUCUGGUUUCCCACCAGCACUCAGCUAUCCCUUCCAGCCAGAACAGCAAGCUGCAGCCCUUUAAUAAGACAAGCAAUCGACUCAAGAACACUUUAAAUUAAAAUUGUCAUAAUUUUCUUUUUUUUUUAGGCUUUUCCUAUGGUGCUUCUACAUCCUUCUGGGACGCAGUAGAUGUUGCCUUUUAUUGUAGAAAGCCCUGCAGGCACAAAAAAUACCAUUGGCUUUAGAUAAGAGUGAGAGCACAACCAAAAGAUGGCAUUACAGAGUUAUAAUACAAAUUUGGUGCUGAGGCAAGGCAAUGCUUAAAAUUAAAUUGGGCACAAAAAAUAUUAAGUUUGGUUGAUGUAAAUAUUUUAAACAUUGGAUCUGCAUCAAGGCUGGAUAGCCUUCAUACAGGUUCAUGCGGUUCUGUUUGAACCAUCAGGUUUGUUAGGUGAUGAAACUAUGAAAACUGUCCCAUGUUCCACAGGUUCAAGUGACUUCUUCUGUUAUCGGGGAUCAGUGUUGAACAGCUUGUUGGAAAGUUCUUAAUAUAGUUUAUACUUCUGUUCAAAACACAAUUUCUGUUAAAUAAGGAAAAUCAUAUACAUUUGAUUUAUUAAAAGAUAUUUUAGACAAAAAUGAUUUGCAUGAAGUGAAGCUUAAAGCACUUCAGAAUGAAGCAAGAAAUAUAUAUGAAGAUAUUAUUGAGUGAAAGUAAGUAUGAAAAGUAAGUAAUUGAGACUGAGCUAUGUAAAAGAAGGUUUGAUUUUCAUGCACAGGAGAAAAAAAAUACAAUUUAUGUUAAAUUUCUGAUUAAUAUGGUAAAGUCUUCACUGCUUCAAAAAUGAUCAGUACCAGGAAACAUUUUAUAAUUAUAUUCAGCUGUUAAGAAGACAUGAUUUUUAAAGUGUCCAAACAGAGCUUUCAGAGAUGUUCACCAAAUGUGUAGAAUCUAGCUGUAGUUCUGAUCACUGUAUAAAAUGAUCUGUUCCAAAUUUAAGUCAGUUUUUGAUGUUAUUUUAAUAAAAACAGUUUAAGAGUUUAAUACUGUAAUUACAAAUCUCCAGCUGGAAAUAUGUGGGCUGAAUUAGGUUUUUACAAAAAAACAAAGUCAAAACAUCUAGCCAGUUCAGACAGAGGUAUGUAGGCACACUGCAGGGAGUGUUUGGUGAUGAGGAAAUCUAAGCUGUUUCCUUUCAUGGCAUACAUGGCAUACUAUUGCUUAAAGGAAACAUGGUCAGUUGUCUCACUAUUUGUCUUGGACUGAUUUGGGAUUUUGUUUGCUGGAUUUUGUUCCCCCAAGUACAGAUGUUUUGCAAUUGUUUUUUAAGGGUUUUAUUCUCCAAAUAAUUUUAUCUUUUAUCAUAUGUACAUUGACUACUAAUGGAAAGUUCUUUAUGAUAUUUUUGGGUCUACUCUGAAACAUGUUAUGGGUUUCUAAGGGCUUAGCUUAGAAGUUUGUCUAUUGACAAGAAUGUGGCAGUGUGCAAUAGAAGAAGCUGCCAGCCUCUGAUGAAAACUGCCUUUGUAAAUUUUCAAAUAGUGAGAGACUUCUGUGUUCUGUUGUCUAAACAUGCCCUAAAUAGUUAAUUUUUAAUUGCAAGCUGGAUCAUAAUGCUUGAUUCUCUAAUUUAUCUUACAUUGCUAAAAAAUAUUUGUUUAUACAGUUGACUAAACACUUAGCUAUUAACAGAUAUUUGGGGCAAUAAUUAGUGGUACAUAAUAUCUACAUACAGUACAGUACAUGCACUGCAGUGUUAUUGAAAAUGAGUCUCUAAUUGCACAAUAUACCCACAGGAAUGUGAACCAUUCAUUAAGAAAUAAGUAGUGCAGACAAAGACAACUACAAAUGACAUUAAGCAAUGUAUGGGGUGAAGACUUACAAAUGUAGGAUUGUGUAGGAUGACAGUCUUUGUAGCUGUUGAGUUACUAACAGGAUCAAUCCCAGAUGUUGUAUUAACAAUUGUCCCAGAUGUUAAAGAGGUUGCUUACUUCUUCUAAGACAGUAAAAUUACUCCUCUAAAGCUUUCAGAUAUAUAUUUAAAUGGCCAGAUUACUUUUUUUACUGUAAAUUCGUAAGUGAUCAUGUUCAUUUCUGUUCAAAUAUACUUCUUAACAGAAAAAUGUAUGUGUUUUUUGCAAGGUUUGUCAAGCCAUUAAUGGCAAUAUAAAGAAGUAAUCUUUAUAGAAUUAUCCCACACCUCCCUUAAAGGCCCAAGCAUUAUAGUCGUAUGUUGUUCUUGAGGAUCAUAAUCAGUCUAAAACCUGCACUACGUUAUUUGUAAUCAGAUAGAAUAUCACAUUAAAUGCAGUUAGAAUUUAUAUGAACAACUUGGACUUUAAAUAAUGUACCUUUAGCAGGUAAAUCUAAUGUUCUGCUUCAAAUCUGGAGUCAAGGUAAAGCAACAUCGAAACACAGGUACUUUUUCUCAUUAUGAAGCAGCAUUCUUAUUCAGCUAAAAUAUCCUGUUAAGUGCAGUUUGACUUUUUCUAUCCUGCUUGAACUAUGUAAUAAUCUCUAGCAGUUGUGCAUACCCCAAAUCUGGAGUCAGGUUUACUCAGUCCUUGAACUGAUUUCAAAUUCCUUCAUGGUAACGCUUGUAAUUCUGCCUUCAGCCUCUGGAGGGCAGAAAAACCUCAGAAACUGGUGUAAACUGAGUUUCAACUGCAGCGCACGGGAAAUAUUUGCAAUCAAAUACAACCACAGUAUACCGAAAUAUUUCAGGUUCACAUGUUUAAAGUCUGUGUGGUGGUGGUGUUGGUCAAUAGACAUUAAAAAUGUUUUUUUCAACUA